CGCAUUGCGCGGGGUAGAGCGAGAAAGGUUCCAUCAGCCUUGCUGCCGCAACGCUGGAUCAAACACGUCGUAUGGGGAUGUAUGAUGCGACUGCAGAGUGGGUGGCGUACACAGGUGAGCGCGACAUGGUCCCUGCAUCAGGAGAACGCACAAACGAAGGAACAACAUGUGGUGUGGCGAUGGUUCAACGUCCUCCUCUUGCAGCCAUCUCAGAGUCCAAGGACGAGGACAUAGAUACGGUGGUUCCAGCCUCCGUUGGCGGACGUCUCGGACUCGCCGCCGACGACAGGAAGAUGGAGAAGCAAAAGCAAAGCCACUUUGAAAAGCUCAACACGCUCAAACUGUUGCUUGACAUCGGCCACUUGACCCAAGACGAAUACGUUGAGCGCAAGAACCAGAUCAUCAACGAAAUGACGGGCACCAGCUCCGACCGGAGUCAUCGAAGCAGACCACCGUCCCUACAACCCAUCAUGAAGACGGUGGUGCCGCACAAUCCGCCUGAUUUUAGCCACAUGAUCAAGGAAUCCGCGGAGAAGCUCAGCUUUGACCCGGACUCCCUCGAGUGGAACUCGAGCCACGUCGUGAUCAAACUGGAUUUGGUCCCGUUUGCAACCGGCCAACUUCGAAACGCGUAUUUUCUUCAAGACUUGGGAGCGCACGGCGAGGAAGGCCAAGCCAAGCUGUACGUGGCAAAGGUCAUCAUGGGCGAGGCGGAGCCCAGCGCGUACUUGUGCGACGUCGAGAUGCAGGCAGUGUGUGCUCACUACGCCAAGCUCUACAACGAGCACGAACCGCCGCUCAAAGUCAAAUACGCCAAUUCGUGGCUACUCAAGCUGCGAGAUCGACAGGACAUGGUGUGCAGCGUCGAAGAGUACCUUCCAGGGGCGUACGUCAAGUACAGCAACAACAAUGGCUACGUUGGAACUGCCACGAGCUCGACCGUCGAGCGCGAACGCAACACGCCGCAGGCAUUCUCGCACUUUACAUUCGUCUCAUCCGAUUACCGACUUAUGGUCGUGGAUAUCCAAGGCGUCAACGACAGCUACACAGACCCCCAGAUUCACACUGCGGAUGGACGAGGGUUUGGCAUCGGCAACCUUGGCACGCGAGGCAUGGAAACGUUUCUACAGUCCCACCGGUGUAACGAAGUGUGCAGGUGGCUAGGACUACGAAAUCUAAACGAAGAGCAAUUCAAACCAGGCGGGACUGCUGCGCCGCUGUAUCGGAUGCCACACGAAGCCAUCAAGAAAUCCACGAGCCGGAUCACCGAAGAGCGCAACGCGUUUGCCAGAUCUGUGACAGUGUCCGAGGUGUUGGGGUCCGCCACCCAGCUACACACUGAAACGUCGUCACUGCUGCUGCCAACAUCGUCAUCCUCGUCACGACCGCUUGCGUCCUUUGCCCGAUCGUGUCUCCGCCUCGUGUGCUGUUGCUUCGACCCUGCCCUCCCAUAGUACUCACUUGCCACACUGUACCAUACACACUAAUAUAUUAUGCAACCCAAA